AUGUGGGUGGUGACUGAAUGGCUCUGUCGCGAGGCCAAGGACUGGGGGCUGAUUGUGACGGCCUUGAAUUUUUCCCUAGCGGCGACCCUGCAGGAAGUGGAGGUGCCCACCGUAGACACCACGAUCUGCAACGAUCGCUUCCGAGUAGGAUUACAAAAGCCUGCGGGUGACAAUCCCAUCAAAGAAGACAUGAUGUGUGCCGGGUCCAUGGAGGGCUAUAAAGGCUUUGCUUCGGGUGACUCCAGGGGACCCCUGGUGUGUGAGGAGGACGGGACCUGGUACCUUGCUGGGCUUGUGAGUUGGUCACUGGUGAGAGAAGUGAGCGGGGUACUCACUAUUUUUCCCGGUUACCCUGGGGUCUACAACCGCCCGAAUGCCCACAACGACUGGAUCCAGGAGAAUGUGCCUGGUGUGAGUUUCACGGUGGUGAACUUCACUCUGAACAGUGCCAGUCCCUCUACCACCAUCACUCCGAGCAGUGUCCAUCCAUCUGCCAUCAUCACUUGGAAAGUUGCUGGUGGCCCCUCUGCCACAAUCCCCAGGGUCCUUCUCCUCAUUGUGUUUUUGCAGCUGACUCUCUAA